AGUCGAAGAGCAACCAAUAUAGCAUCUCCAUAGAGAGAGAACAAAAGCGCUUCUAAAAAGUUUCAGCCUAAUCUCUAUAGAUCAUCUGCAUUCAACUCUGCUUCUGAAAUCAACCAAAAUGUUGAAGAUGGUGUUGGUGUGGCUCUCACAUCUUUUCUUUCUAGGUUUCAUCGGUCUCACUGGUGCGAGCAAAGAAUCGGUUGAACACUUGACUCUCCAUGACUCAUCUUUAACAAUCCUUCAAUCACUGUCUCAUUCAGGUCUUCCUGUGGCUGUUUCUGUGGCUCAUGAACGCCUCAAUGAGGUUUCAAACAGUAUUGAUUCAGCUGAAAAAUGGGUCAGAACCCAUGUUCUAACCUGUUACCCAGCCACAAAAAUCACCACCAUUGUUGCUGGCAACACUGUCCUCUGCAAAACAAACCAAGAACACCAAAUGGGUUUGGUCCUCCCAUCGCUGAAGAACAUUUACCACUCUCUCACUAGGUGGGGUUUGGAGAGAGAAAUCAAAGUCUCUGCUUCUUUCUCUUCCAACUGUUUGAACUUGAACCCAUCAUUGGGUGAGAAAUACAUCAAACCUCUCUUGGACUUCUUGCAGAACACUAACUCAACUUACUCAGUGAACCCACCUCCAAAUUUCCAAAAUUUCCCAGAGGAGACACUGAGAUUGGUCUCAUUUCACACUCAGUCCAUGAACAAUCAUGGGUUUUUCUUCAAUCUAAACAAGAUCAAUGUGCUUAUGAUCCAAAAAGAAUCAAAACCCAUGAGCAGAAAGCUCUCAUUCAUGGAAUCCAAGGCUGUAGAACCAUUCCCAGCAAGGCCAACCCCAUUAGCCCCAACCCAAUCCCCGAUUGGUUACUCUGUUCCUGUAAAUGUAGCCAAAACCCCUCUCCCCCCAUUAGUCGGCAUAUCUUCUCCGCCGCCCCCAUUUUCACUACCUCCGAUUGCUAGCCCGCCUUACGGUCCCAAUCUGCCGCCGUGCAACCCCUCCGGCGGUGGUUCGGUGGCUGCUCCGCCGCCGGUGGUGGGGAAAAAGAGUGAGGUGUGGUGUGUGGCUAAGCCUAGUGUGCCAGCAGAGACAUUGCAGGUGGCAUUGGACUAUGCUUGUGGUGAGGGUGGAGCUGAUUGUGAAGAGAUCAAGCCAAAUGGGGGUUGUUAUUCACCUGACACAAUUGUUGCUCAUGCUUCUUAUGCUUUCAAUAGUUAUUGGCAGAAGAGCAAGAGGAGUGGUGGGACUUGUAGCUUUGGAGGCACUGCAAUGCUCAUCAAUGCUGACCCAAGUUUUCGACACUGCCGGUUCAUUCUAACCUAGUCAAAAGCAGUGGAAGAGGUGACUGAUACUGGUGCUUCCUUUUUCCUACAUUCGGAAUUUGGGUUUUUUGAUUUCAAGGUGAAUCUAGUUUUGCUCUUUUUACUGUUGUAAUUAGAAUUAGACUAAGAGUAAACAUCUUCAAGGAAGCCAAGUAGGAACACACAAAUUCUGCUUCUUUAUCUUUAUCAGUAGUUUAAGUGGUAUUCUAAGAACCCAACUAAAAAAAAAAAUACUCUUUUGAGUUCUAUGGUAUAUUUACGCGAAUAGUGCUAUUUGAUCCAAA